AUGACGUUACUAUUGUGUUUGAGACCUGCAGCAGUUGCGAAUGUGAUGUGUCAAGCAUUCCGCUACUGCAAGGUGCCUCAUUGGGAUAUGAAUCUCCGACAGGUUAAGCUGAAAGCCAAGGAACUACUGACCUUCUACCACCAAUGUCACAAUGCCAAGUUGGACCACAAGAAGCUCGAGAACGAGGAGUUCAAAAUGUGUAUAAGGGGAUAUCAUCAAAGUCAACCCUUCGAUCGACAACGCACUGGGUCAUUGGCAAUUGUGCAGGUGACAACGCAAUGGAUAGUAUGGAUUUGGACGUAG